CAGCCCCUGACCACAGCCGGCACUGCCCGAAACAAACAUCAUCAUCCAUCGAUCGACCAAAGAAGAAAAGAGCCAACCAAUUCUGCAGGGCAGAACCCGGAAAGGCCGUUGCAGCAGCACACCAUCGCCACACCCACGCACGCGCACUCACAACAGCACAACACAGCAAAGCCCAGCACCCCCAUCCUCAGCCGCCGAAAAUGACCGCGCCGGCGACAGCGCCGGAGCAGCCCGGCCCGCUCAACUACGUCGUCGGGUUCAUAAUGGUGGGGCUGGCGUGGGGCCUGACGACGCCCUUCAUCCGGCGCGCGGCGCGAGACCACCGCCCGGCCGCCCACCCGGUGCUGCAGUCGGGCCGCGUCCGCUCCAGCGCCGUGCGCUCGCGCCUCUACGGCGCCUUCUUCGCCGUCGUCGACCUGCUACGCAACCCCCGCUACGCCGUCCCGCUCCUGUUGAACCUGACCGGGAGCGUGUGGUUCUUUCUGCUAAUCGGGCAGGCCGAGCUGAGCUUGACUGUCCCCAUCGUAAACACCCUUGCCUUCCUCUUCACCGUCAUCGGCGAAUGGUGGGUCGAGGAUAAAGUCAUCAGUAGAGACACCAUGCUGGGGAUGCUCCUAUCCCUGGGCGGUAUCGCUCUCUGUGUGCACAGCAAGCUCUCAUGAGGAGAUGGCGUGGACGUGGCAUGCUUUCGUUUGUGUGACCAUCCCCUGCUCCAUUUCUUUUCCCUCCGGUCCCUAUUUGUCGCUUCUGCUGUAUGCAUAGGGGUUUCGUAGACGCCAUGAGAGCGCAUUAUGCUCAUAGGCCAUGGUGUCUAUAGCUGUUUCGUUUGCUGGCGCCAAAUGGCAAAGAAUCAUUUGCUGCCACCUGGCAGCGCAACAUGGCGUCACCGCCCGGAGUUUUGAUUCAUGCAAUUGGAUAAAAGAGAUAGAUGCGUGGUUUUAAGCCUCAAGUUCUGUUCAUUCCGUCCAAAUCCCUUGAAUCCGUUAUUUCUCGUACGUGGCAAUGCCUGGCCAUCGUACGCUGGUCCACCAGGGCCGCUAGUAUGAGAGUACCUCCAAUAGAAAUCGAUAAAACAGGUCGCUGCGAAAUAAGGAAAAAGAGAAUAUAAUGGAACAAAGACGAAGAAGAGAUAAUGAUGUGUUGAAGGGAUGAAAGAGAACCGUGGGAAAAGAAGAUAGAAAUGCAAAGGAAAAAGUGAGAUAGACCAGCCAAGACAACAAGUAAAGCCCGCGCCAAUCGGCAGCCGCAAUACUGGGGGAGGAUAUAUACAUUUUGUUGAAGAAGGUGAAGUUUGUACGUAUUGUGGAAGUGGGAAAGUAUGUGCGGGAAGGAGAAGAAAAGCAAGAGAUUUUGCGGGAUGCGCUUUCGUUUAUAGGUAAAAAGUGGAAGAAGGAAGAAAUUAUAAAAGAAAGAACGCGAAUAUCAAGAGAUAAUGGUUGUGUUGCCG